AUGUACGAUUCGGAUGAUGAAAUUCCACUCAGUGAGUUGAAGAUCCGUGCAAAAGGUGUAGCCCCGGAUAAUGAUGACACAUGGAACGACGACGAUUAUCUACCUGUAGCAAGUUUCGCGUCACCUGUACGUGAAGAUAAUACACCAUCCUUGUGGAAGGAUGUACCCAAGGGUUCAGAGAAAGAAAUCCCCAAUUUCACUAGCCCUAAACAGUCAAGUGGCACUGUCUUAGCGCCCUGUUUCAAAUAUUUCUUUGACGAUGAUCUACUGGAACAUAUUGUAUAUCAAUCGAACCUGUAUUGCACUCAAAAUCGACCUCAUAAGGCAUUAUGUCUAUCAGUAAGCGAAUUGGAGCAGUUUAUUGGUGUAACGAUUUUUAUGCCUGUAUUCGAUUUACACCGUACCAGAAGUUAUUGGUCAAAUACAAGUAGAAUUGCUCAAAUAGCUGAUAUCAUGAGUCGGGAAAGAUAUGAGGAAAUUCGGAGAUUUAUACAUUUCAAUAAUAACGACAACAUGCCCGAUAGGAAUGAUAAGGAGAGAAAUAAACUGUACAAGAUUCAGGCUAUGGAAAGGCAAGUUUCACUGCGUCGCAAAGGAACACAACUUGUAGUUGGAAUAGCUCCGCCAGAAGUUAGUGAAGAUGAGUAUUUGCCUGAAAGCGACUCAGAGGAAGUACUGGAGACAUGCAUUCCAUUACUGGACAGUAUGUACGAUUCGGAUGAUGAAAUUCCACUCAGUGAGUUGAAGAUCCGUGCAAAAGGUGUAGCCCCGGAUAAUGAUGACACAUGGAACGACGACGAUUAUCUACCUGUAGCAAGUUUCGCGUCACCUGUACGUGAAGAUAAUACACCAUCCUUGUGGAAGGAUGUACCCAAGGGUUCAGAGAAAGAAAUCCCCAAUUUCACUAGCCCUAAACAGUCAAGUGGCACUGUCUUAGCGCCCUGUUUCAAAUAUUUCUUUGACGAUGAUCUACUGGAACAUAUUGUAUAUCAAUCGAACCUGUAUUGCACUCAAAAUCGACCUCAUAAGGCAUUAUGUCUAUCAGUAAGCGAAUUGGAGCAGUUUAUUGGUGUAACGAUUUUUAUGCGCUGUAUUCGAUUUACACCGUACCAGAAGUUAUUGGUCAAAUACAAGUAG